AUGUCUCAUAUUCAAGUGGGGUCUUCUGUUACUAGAGCUCCAUUAUUUGAUGGAACUGAUUAUGUAUUCUGGAAAAUCAGAAUGGAAACAUAUCUAAUUUCAUUAGACCUUGAUGUAUGGAAUAUUGUUUGUAGUAAGUACUCAGUACCUGCUACUAUACCUACAGAUCCUGAUGAAAAAAAACAAUAUGAAAUGAAUGCUAGAGCCAAACAUGCUAUUUUGUGUGGGCUGACCAAAGAUGUCUUUGUUAAAAUCAUGCAUUGCAAAUCUGCACAUGAGAUUUGGGAAAAACUUGAAAACAUUUAUCAAGGUAAUGAAAAAGUCAAACAGUCUAAAAUACUCACCCUCAAAACUCAGUUUGAGGAAAUGAGAAUGAAGGAUGAUGAAAAAGUUGCAGAAUACUUUCUAUGGAUUGAUGAAGUUGUAAAUGGGAUGAGAGGAUUAGGUGAAGAGGUUGAUGAAUUCACAGUGGUUAAGAAAGAGAUUAGAACCCUAUUGCCUAAAUAUGAAACUAAAGUCUCUUCUCUUGAAGAAAAGAAAAAUUUCAAUAAACUUACUCUAGAUGAUCUUCAAGGAACCUUGACUGCAUUUGAAAUGAGAACAAAUAAAGUUGACAAUGCUAGUUCAUUGUUAAAAGAGACUGCCUUCAAAACAGAGAAGAAAGAGGAUGUGAUUAGUGAAUCUGACUUAUCUGAUUCCUUAGAGGCUCUCUUAGUAAGAAAACUCAAAAAGAAAUACAGAAGCAAGUUGCCUCUGAAAUGCUUUGCUUGUGGCAAAGUUGGUCACUUUGCAGCCUAA